GAGUAGAACAUGAUGAUGAUGGGCAACCCGAGAUUCAAGGAGAAACAUGUUCAUGAUGUAUCCACUCUUUGUUGAUUCCCCUGCGACAAAAGAGCGUGUCCACUUCUAACAAAGAGAGGAGAUAUCUGUUUGUCCAUUUUAAGCUGGGUGACGAGGCUACAUGGUGUGUGUUUCACAUUCAGAGUGUGUAUGUGUGGAUUUCCAGAGAUGGAAAGCUAUGAAGAAUUCUGUCUGCGGAGUUUGGCCAUACUGCAGGAAGAGGGGAAAUUCAAGAAGACGACAUGUGAGCCACUAUGGUCCCCGAAGGCUUUCUCUCUCAUCCGCUUCCAUGGAAGAGCUGUGCUUUCGCCUCUGUUGAGUGCAGAGCAGCGCAGUGAGAUGUGUGACCACAGACAGAGAGCGGUCCAGCUGGAGGUUGACAGGCAGAACAAGCUGAGGAAGAACCUCAUGGCCCGAGUUCAGGACAUACUGGAACAACCUCGGGCACAUGGAGAAUCGAGUAUAGAUGAUGAAAAGCCGCCAGUUUCUAAAUCUGCGAAGGAGAGUGGCUACACCCUGAUCACUGACUCUCUUGGACUUCCCAGAGACCCUGGGUUUGGGCUUCAAACAAGGGAUCAACCAAGCUCUGAGACCCCCAUCGUCAAUGGCUACAAGUCAGUGGAGAAAGUGAUGGUUGAGAGGGAAGAGAACAGUGAGGAUGAAGAUGAAGAAGAGGAGGAGGACAUUAGUUUGGACAGUCUUCUUAAGAGAUCAAGGGAGUAUGUGAAGAGAGAGCAGUGUCAGCAGGGUUCAGAAGUUGUCGCCACAGUCACUGGGACCCCUCUGCUGGAGACUGUCUCUGACAAGGAGAAUAAGAGCUGCAGUCCCAUGGGGAACACAGGUGUUGAGUUUGGAUUCAGUCUGCACCACAGCCCUACUGGCCCGCCUCGGACCCAAAUCCAGCAUCAAUAUCUGUACGACGCCAGUCCCCAACAGACUGGUUGUCUCUCACCUAGUCUAAAUGACCGGUAUGCUCGGCUCCACAGUCCAGAGUCCAGCAUUAGUCCCCGUGCACAGAGACGCCGGCCACGUCCAGUUUCUACAGGGAACAUACACAUUUCAUUUCCAAUCAGCCCGGCAGACCUUGUCCCCUGCAGCUCGAGGAGGUCGGGGGAAGGUGCUGGCAUGGCAGAUUGGGGAGAAACUCUCUCAGAGGCUAUAAAGUCCCCCGAUCACUGGGGCUCAGUGGGGAGUGACAGCAGUGCUGGUGUAAGCAGUGGCAAUAGUCGACCCAGCCACUGUGGUACCAGCCCAGAUAUCUGUAGUCCCGUUAGUGCCUUAGGGUUAAGCCCGAAUGGGCACCGUGACCAUCUUGCAGCAGGAUUUCGCCGGCGCUGCCACACCUUUGACAGCCAGCUGCAUAGCAAACACUCUGUUGUGGAGCACAUAGGCCACAGCCAGGAGAGGGUUCCUCGCUUCAUGGCUGGAGUCACAUGGAGGGCUGCGAGUGGGCGCACCCCUACAGCCCCUUUAAACCGGUCGUUUGAGGUAGAUAAUCCCUCACUUUGUUUGCCAAGGCCCUGCAUCCCUUCUGACUUGGCUCAUGGCACACACAGGAUGGAGGCUGCUGACCCUCAGGACACAAACAAUGGGAGAAUCACACCAACCGUCCUCAGAAAUGCAGCUGAGGCACAGACCAGCAAGACAGAGGAGACCCAGAGGCGAGCACAGGCUCUGGAGGACAUGCAGAGGCGUCUGGAGGAGGAGCAUGCCUUGCAGAUGUCUCUCCUCCUGGCUGAGCAGGAGAAAGAGCAACAGCGCCUCUGUCUGGAACUUGAGGAGACAGAGAAAAGACUAAUGGAGCAGGGCUGUGUGCGGCCUUUGAGUGGGGAGGCUUGUGGGUGGAACUGUAGAUCUGUGAGUGACAGCCGUCCUAUUGAGAGCCCCUCAUGUCCCGGACUAAGCCCUGCCCACACACCAUCUGAGCGAUCACCUGGACACAGUAUAGGUUUUUCCAGCCCCGUAGGUUCCAGUUUAUCCUCUCCCUCUCUCCAGUCUCCUGUCUAUCUGUGGGGGUCUACAUGGGCAGGUAGCAAACCUCGAGCAAGGCUAAGUCUGGUUCUGUCAGCAGAGCAGCAGAGAGCGUUCUGUCGAAUUGGCGCAAUCAUUCGCGGCUUCCUCACUCGCAGAUUGCUCAAAACUGAGAAGAUCAAACACUUGUGCCAGACCAUCAUGGAUACACAAGAGUUCAUCCGUUCAUUCCAGACUGAAGCUCAUCAGAAGAAAGGCCCCUGCUCAGCACAAGAUCGCUCGCUGCAGGAGAGAGUUAGAGCCCAGCUACGUGCAGCCCUUUAUGACAUCCAUGACAUCUUCUUCGAAAUCCCUCUCGGGGAUCGGUUAGCGUUGCUGCAGCAGGACAGAGAGCUCCGAGCAGAGAGGAAGCUGCGAGACAUGGAGAAAGCCAAGUGUCCCAAGGAUAGAGCGGUUCUGUCUGCUGCCACACAGAGGUCUCUGGACAGGAAAAAGAGGGUUAGUGAAUCCCCAGCCCAGGCUAGGAAGAUGCAGCAGAGGCCAAAGAGCCCCACUACUAACAGAGUCCUGAAGCCAAGCCAAGGCCAAAAUUCUCCUGUUGCAGGCCAACUGAAUCGCCAGGGGAGCUGGUACAGAAAGACCCCAGGAGAGAGAGUGAGGCGCUCAGACAGCCUGAAGAAGCAGCACUCUCUGGGUUAACUGGUCACUCAACUUCCCUGAACUGUGAGCUUGAAUUGUUAGUCUUUAACUAGAAACCUUAAACCACUGGUUGCGCUGCUAAACCUUCUGAAAUUCAAAAGAUUGUAUUCACUACCACACUUAAGCUCACUGAUAUACAUCAUUAGAUGCCUUUGUUUUUGACUGUUUAGCUUGUUGAAAUACUUUGCCAACAAUUGAUUGUUAUCCACAAAACUGAAACUUAGCUUGAUACUGUGUGUGGAUUAUUUAUUGAAAAGGUGGGCACAUUGUAAAUAACUAUCUGUACUUUAAUGCAAGCAAGAAGAUGGUCAGAGAUCCACAUUUCUAUCUGUGCCUAAGAACUAUGCCUUUGCUAUCUGUGACGUUUAGCAUGCAUAUUUUUUUACAAUUUUUGUUCAUAAACAUGUUGUGAUUAUAGCUGAAAUUUUGAUUAUCAGUGUCAUAAUGAAAGUAGUUACCAUAAGAAAAAGUGUUUUGGGCUUGUAGCUCUUUUAUUAAAUGAUGCUGAGUUAACAGUACUGUGAGACAUUUCAGCGGGUUUCAACAUUUGGCUGAUAUCAAUACCCACAUUUUAAUCUAAAUGUAUUUGUUUACACACUGGCUCUGUUACAUUAAUGUAGCUUCACACAACAGGAAAUGCACAGCAGACACAGAGUAAAACAAAAUGAAUGCCCCUGUCCAAUGUAUAGUAAAUGCUGUAAAGUUCUCCAUUAUUCUCCACUGCUUAAGCAUAUUUAUAAAAUAAUAUUUAUGUGCACACAUAAUUCAACCUCAUGUAAAAGCAUUAGUACACCCACUUGUUUACUUAUAGAUACCAAAUUGACUUAUGUAUGUUGAUGUUGUUUGCUGAUAUUGCUGUACUCUGUCUUCUUUUUUUAAAGACACAUUUAUUUUUUUUAUUUUAUUCCAAAUAGUGUUUUUGAUGACCAGAAUAAAUUCUGAAUUGAAAUCCUCUAGGCUCCAGAUAUUUACACUGACUGAAGCAGCAGGGGAGUACAUGGCGGAUAAAGGUCUCAUGAUGCUUUGCUGCUC